GUCCGGGCACACGGUCAGCCCUCACGGUGCCCCGCUGCUCCCUGGGGACAGCGGCACGCGGCCGGGAUGAGGCCGGGCCCCACUGGGCUGUGGGAGGGUGUGGUCCCUCGGGUUGGGUGGGCAGGUGAGCAUCCGGGACUGGUGUGCUCAGCCCGCCCUGCUCUGUGGCUCUCCCGCAGGCUGCAGUGGUGCCGGCUGUCCGAGAGCUGCUGCGCCGAGCUGGCGGCGCUGCUGGCGGAACACCCCAGCCUGGCGCGGCUGGAGCUGGGCGAUGGCACGCUGGGCGACCGCGGCGUGCGCCUGCUCUGCCAGGGGCUGCGGGGGCCUGGCUGCCGCCUGCGCGUCCUGCGAGCACGGCUGUGAUGGGAGCGAGGAACCCCCCACCACGGGGAGGAGCCAGUGCUGUGCCAGCAGGACCCGCUGCUGCGCUGGGACUGUGGGGCAGAGCCCGCCUGUCCGGGCAGAGCUGGGGCACGGUGGGCUGCACCGACCUGGGCGACUGGGCACCUCCUGGUACUCCGGCAUGGCGGUGUAGUCCAGCUCCUCGUAGAUGGCGUUGGGGAUGGCACCCACGGCUCUGCCGGGGCCUGGAACAAGAGGCAGCGCUCACCCAGGGCCGUGGGCACCGUGGCUGGCACCGGGGUCACCCACUGCCCACUCUCCGAGCCGUUCCACAUGGGGGGAGCCCCUGAACCCCCAAACCGGCUCUGUCGCGGUACCUCCCCACCGGGACCCACCUCGGCGCCAAGCGCGGACACGGCACAUCAGCACGGCCAGGGCACCCAGGGCCAGGCACAGCAGCGUCCCCAGGACCACGCACAGGACCACUGGCACCGCCACAGUCCCCCUGGCCUCCUGCCUGCUUGGCACUGGAACAGUCCACCUGGCCGCCACAGGACCGGUGACGCUGGUGACACCUGUGGGGACACA